CUCGUACGCGCGUCGUUAGUCAAUGGACUUUUCGGUUACAAGAAUACAAAACAUAACAUACAAAUAAGAUAAAUAAACUAGAGUGUACGAUUUGUGUUACGUGCAAACCGUGAACACCAAUAAAACUGGGAUGCUUCGAAGAUAUUAUGUGAAAGUGACAGUCGUAUAAUAUCGAAUUCUUUUUUUUUGUGAGAAUUACAAUGUUGUUUCGCAUAGUUUCAAGUACCGCCACAUAAAUAUUAUAAUGGGAAUUCUGUAUAUCCGUACGACUCGAAAGCACUAUGUUCGAAGUGGGAUGAUAAAUACAAGUUCGUGAUUAUCAGUUAGAAUGCAAGACGAGUGUUCGAAUACGAAGAGGAACUUCGAGCAGCGGAGGCCUACGAAAGUGCUGAAGAUAGCGGAGAGUUUCACAAACUUGGACGAGACUGCUAAGGCUGGUCGAUUUGUGCGUGGUCCCAACUCGAAGGUUGGGAAGAGGUUCCUGGAAAAUGGGGGACGAAGUAGACGCGAGUGUUGUGAUGAUGGUUGUGCGGAGUCGAGUGUAAGUGAUGGUGAGAAACUUGGUGAUCGAAGAGUGACCGGGUCCUCGUGCACGGCGCUCAGGACAGCAGUGGCAGCCCUCUAUCCUUUCGACGAUUUCAUUUUAGAAAAGAUCGGAACUGGCUUCUUCUCUGAAGUAUUCAAAGUGACACACAAGACCUCUGGCAAGGUCAUGGUUCUAAAGAUGAACCAGCAGAGGGCGAACCGUCCCAAUAUGCUGCGAGAAGUACAGCUCAUGAACAAGUUAAAACACCCCUACAUCUUAGGAUUCAUGGGCGUGUGUGUACAUGAAGGUCAACUCCACGCUCUCACGGAGUACAUGGAGGGAGGUUCUCUGGAGCAGCUAAUUCUCGGAAGGCCUUUUCAGCCACUGCCGCAGUCCUUGAGGAUAUCGCUAGCUACCGAUGUCGCUGAGGGCAUGAUGUACUUGCAUUCAUUAGGUGUCUUCCAUAGGGAUCUUACUACAAAGAAUGUAUUGUUAAGAAAAGUUGGCGACGGCGAGUAUACCGCCGUUGUAGCAGACUUCGGCUUAGCUGCCAGGAUACCUCAUCCAAUCAACGGUCAUCGUUUACCGAGCGUCGGAUCCCCGUGGUGGAUGUCACCGGAGUGUCUGAGGGGUCGGUGGUACGAUAAUCGCUCAGACAUAUUCUCGUAUGGGAUAAUUUUGUGCCAACUUAUAGCGAGGGUGGAUGCGGAUCCAGACGUUUUGCCGCGGACAGAUAACUUCGGCCUCAACUACAUGGCAUUCGUGGAGCUUUGUGACGAAGAUACUGUACCAGAUUUUCUUCGUCUAGCUUUCAAUUGCUGCAUUUACGAGCCCAAAGCUCGGCCGCUAUUCCCGGAGAUAGUGAGCAAACUCGCCGAGGUGAAGGAAGGCCUCGACGACGCCGCGUGGGAGUGUCAUACGCCUAACAACUCCUACGACAGCGAGGAGGCAGACUCGUCCGGACCGCGCUCGUGCCCCGGCCUAUCUGCCUGGCGCCGCCCGCAGCGCAUGCGCUCCGAGGGCAGUCCGCACGCCCACGUGCACACACACACGCGUGACCGCGGAGCUGCACACCGCCGCUCCCUUUCCGAACUGGAGUGGGCGUGGCGAGGCACCGGGCCCGCGGGUGGCGCGCCCCCGCACCGCUCCGCCGGCGCACUAGCGGCGCCGCCGCCCGCACCGCCGCGACUGCAGCGCCUCCAGCGUCUCGCUCAUAUCAUGCUUUUGCGCGACUCGCACGCUGCACCCACGCCCGCUCGACGCGCGCUGCACACGUUCCGCGGCGUGCACAAAAUUCUCGAGCCGGCGCCGACCGCCGGCACGCCGGCGCGCUGCUCCAGCGGGGACCCGCCGCCCUCCCCGCCGCGCACCCUGCCUGACGAGCCGCGCUGCUCGUCGCUGCCGCCGUCGCCGACGUUUGCGCGUCGCACGCCCUUCGACGAAGCUCCUCCGCCGAAGCUCGACUACCCGAAGAGUGACUCGAGUGUCGAGCUGCGUCGACGCGCCUCCUGCGAGAGCGGAAUCUUCUCGGUCGCCAACGAGGACCUGUGCGCGCCCCCGAGCUUCGGAGCCGUGUGUCCGUGCUCGCUAAUGGGCUGCCACCGCUGCUGGUGGUGGCGACGAGACGUCGGCGACCGCUCCCUCGACGACGAGCCGGACGGAGACCGCGCCCGUCUCCGCGUGUGCUCCGACUGCCUGCACGUGUACGAGCGCCUGCUGCGCCGCCGUCCGGCGCCGCCCGACGACUCGGCGCUCUCGACCACGGUGAGCUCGCUGCGCAGCCUCGACGACGAGGCGGAGGCGGAGGCGGCGUGCGAGGUCGGCGACGUGGGAGACUGGUCGCCGUUCCUGUGCGAGGGCUCGGCGGAGGAGCGUGAGGCGCACGUGCUGGCGCGCUGCUGCUGCGCCGCGGGGCUGCGCGCGGGCUGCGGCGCGCGCGCGCUGCACGCCGACGAGCUGCGCCGCGUGCUGCCCCGCGCCCUCCAGGCCUUCCCCGCGCACCUCCUGGCUGCCUACAAACGUACGUCCAGCGUGUACACGGAUAGCUCCGAGGACGUGGCCUCGCUGGGCUCGGACAGCCUCUACGACGAUCGCAUCCCGAGACACGUGCGCUCCGCCCAGAUCUCGAAGAUCGUCGAGUACUUCGAGAGGAAAGGUGCCGACUUCCGAUGCGACGCAUUCAAGGCGCAGCGGCUGAAGGUUUCGGGCGGGUUCGGUCCGCCGCUCCUCGGCAAGGAGUACUUCGUGGACGUGAAGCACCGCGGCGGCGUGGCGGGCGGCGUGGCGGGCGGCGUGGCGGGCGGCGCGCGGGCGGCCCAGCGGCUGAUGAUCUGCGAGGGCGCGGUGCGCUCCAAGCUGCCGCUGUUCGACAAGAAGUCGUAACGGCGCGAGCGCGAGCUCGAGCGGCGCAGCUCCAUGUACCGCUGACCGCACUCGCGCACUCUCGGCUUCCGCUAGCGUCGUUUACGACAGUACUGUUUUUAUUCAGAUUAUAGAGAUCGUGAGAGCUAUAUAGUAUUGAACGACGGAGUCCGUGUCUCGCGACUCUCGACGGCUCGGGAUCGAGGAGAACCGUCGCUCUCGCUUCGGGACCGGGACGACUCUCGUGCGUUCGUUUGACUGAGUAAAAUAAGCGUUUCGUUCGUUGUAAUAAUGAGAUUAGAGAGAAGAAUGUAGACGUUAUAUUAAAUGGCGAUAAGGGGUUCGGCGUAUCGAGUGAUAGGAGUAUCGUGGCCUAUCAUUUUUGAGGCCUUUAUAGGUAGAUUUUUAGCCAAAAUAUUACCCGAGAUCGAUUAGGUGUAACGGAAAAUGUACUUUUUCAUACUUAAAAAUGGUAUAAAGCAUGCCUGUAAAUAGUUACAUUUUAGGUUAAUUCUGUUAACAUAUUUAUAAUUUAUAUACAGUAUUAUAUUAUUACUUGCCAGUUUUUUAUAAGUUUGUAAAUAUUAUUCAGAGUAAAUAUAGUUGAAGAACGUCAUAAUAAUUAUAGUUUCGGAAGUGGCAACAUUUUGGAUACUGAUUUAUGUUAUAACAUUUUGUAUUGAAACAACUUUAUCAUUUGAAGCUUGAUAUGUAUAAAAAGUUUGUGUAUUGAUCUAAAGAGACUUCUUUAUUUCAUAGUAUCCUAAAAUAUUCAUAUUAUUACCCAAAAAUAUUCCAUGCGUGUAAUAAUCCGCCGCAUGUAUACUAUUUCGGGCAGAAUUCGUCCUAAAAUUAAAUUAUAUAAUAUAUUAAUAAAUUGACAUGUUACUAGUCUUUUAAACGUGUCGCAAUCCGUCGUUUUACUUGUGAUCUAAUGUAUAAAAAAAACUCACGAUAUAAUAUAUAUUUAUUACAGCUUAAUAUAUUAAAAAUCUUUCAAAUAAUGUAAAGGAUUUUGUUUGGAUAAACUAUGUGUCACAUCCGGCUAGAAGGACCAAAUUAUGCUUUGCCAAUUUGAAUAUUUCGGUUAUUACAAUUAAUUGGUACUAAACUAAUACAAUUGUGUUUGUACAAAGACUAUUUAAUUUUGGUUAAUUUAACAUUAAAUAUAGAAUCGUAGGAUUCUAAAUUUAGAAGUAUUUUAUCUUGUCGUAAAUAAAUAUUAUAUGGUUUAACGACCAAAAAAUUAACGAAAUUUAAAUAGUGACGUAUAUACGUUUGUAAUUAUUCUAACCGAUUUUCUUGUAUAGAAUCUCUAAAAAAAUUUUGAGUAAAAAUAUUCCUAUCUCCUUCUUAUGUGUGAGGUUAAAAAGGAUAACUAAUCUUGUCAAUUUAAUUUAAAUUAGAGAUUUUUUACUAAAGAAUGAGUACCAUUAUACAUAAAUGGCUUACUUAUGAUUUCUUAGGUCGUAUGAUAGCAGAUCUUACGAUUUCUUUACAAUACGAUUGUAUCAAUAAACUGACAUAUUUCGUCUUCAUUUAAAACAUCUUCGCAUGCUAAGUAAACAAAGUAUUAAUACUGUCGAGUUCGAUUCAAGUUACAAUAAAACUGUGUACAAAUAUGUGUCAAAUCGAUUUCAAGCUAAAAUAGAUUAAAAAAUCGAUUAUUUUGAUAAGUUUACGAUUACAAAUUUCAAAGCGAUUGUGAAAUUAUACAUCUUGAUAAGUUGAUUUAUUUUAUUUUAUUUUCUGUCGUAAACUUUUAUCGAGAUAAUCGAGAAGGGCGAUUCGAAAUACAUAUAUUUUUGUAAAUAAAAUUAUUAUCUAUAUAUUCAUCGUGACUAACAUCUAAUCGUGUUUACAUCAGGGUAUUUGUAUCAAUUUGUAAAUAAAAAAUCAUUUAAUAUAGAGUAUAUAUUAUCUCUAAAUUAAUAUUUCCUGAAAUAAUAUAUUCAGAUACAAAGUGAAAAAAAAAUCAGUGCCAAAUAAAGAUAACGAUUAAACAUUAUGUUUCGAUUCACAGAUAAAAUAAGAUUGCUGCAAAAAAUCUACAAACAGUCGAUAAAAACGAUAUUCAUUGAACGAUUCGACGUGGUUUUCGUGUGUUUAUUGUUUGAUUCAUUUAAAUUCAGUAUAAUUUAAAAAUGAAUGGAAUAAUAAACAAUGUGAAAUUAAUGAGAUGUUAGAUAAUCUGUCACGAAAGUGCACAGUCAGGUCUAAUAAGAUUUUUUUCACUUUAACUUUAUUCGGAUAAAAAGCAAUUUUGUAUCCGUCCAAUGUGUUGUAGGAGUUUUAUUUUGCAAAUUCAAAAUAUUAUUUUUAUCAUUUCAGAAAUAUCAUAUUUUUUUUUACAUCAAAAUACCUUCCAGAUUAUGUAAAGUUUUUUUUUAACAAAAUCAUAUAAGUAAUACAUAGAACUAAAAUUGUUGCCAACUUACAUUAAUAUUUAUUGUGCUUAUAGUAUUUACAAAACUCGAAAGGAAACAUCCAAACAUUUUUAAAUUUAUUCGUGUACUAAUUAUAAUAUAUCUGUGGCCGUCAGUAAUAUAGCGUAAAAAAAUGUAACAAUCAUAUGGUAAUACUGAAUAGUGUUGCCAUGUUUAGUCCAUUCCAAAUAAUGACAUAAUUGUUGAUAUAUAUUUUGUUUCAAAAGAUUGUUAAUAAAAUUGAUUAGAGAUAUCAAACGAUGAAAAGAUUCAUUUAUGUUGUAUUAGCAAAGUAAUUUGGAAGCGGUCAUAAGUUUUCUUAAUAUUUUUCUUCCCUACGCAUACCCUAAAUGUGUGGUUUCAUUAACUUUUACUACAUUUUAAGUAUACACUUAUUAGAAUGUAAGAAUAAAAUAUAAUAAUAAAUAGUAAAUUUAAAUCGGGUAAAAAAAUAAAUAUUUUUUAUGCAAUCAAAGAUAUAAAAAUUAUUUCGACUGGAAUCGAAUGCAUCCGUCUAAGGCCGCUCAUUUAAAUACAUAAUACACGUCAAUUCCUACAUCCGUUUAUCGUUGUUCCAUGUAAAUAUAUAUUUCAUUUGUGAAAAUUUGAUUGGAAUGGACUAUAAUUGAGUAAAAAACGUUAACUAAUAUCAACCAUCGAUGGUGUAGGAAGUAAUAAUUGUCAGUUGUACCUGUUAAACGAUACACAGUAAGCAGAUUAGUUAUCGUGCAAUAAACAUGUGAAUAUUUCGACUGAUUGGUGUGGUUUUGUGAGUGUAACGCGUAUUUUAUAUUCACUGUUAGAAUUUUUCUAAUGAGACGUUAUACUAAUGUCGCCAAUUAUUAAAUAUUUUUUUUUGUAUCCGUGAAUAAUAUAAUAAAAAAUAAGUUUUAAAUAUAAUUACAAUUUUCAAUUUUAAUUUGAAGAGAUUACACAAUAACGAUACAGCAGGUUUAAAAACCUACGAGUUCGUCUUAAAAUUUCAAUGAAUAUGUCAAAAUUAAUAAAAUUACAAGCAAUCAGUACAUCUCAUAUGUAUAAUGAAAUAACUCGGUUAUUUGAUUUUGCAUUAACAUCAAUUAUAAACGCCUGUAUAAAAAUGUAUUGAUAUAAUUCUAGCCCUUAUUGAUCUAUUGUGAAAUUUGCAAAAUGUGAUGCCAAGGGGCAACACCGCACUAUCUAAAUGACCGCAUACGCCUUACCUUCAUAAAACCACAUCCGCAAAGGAAACGGUGUAACUUUUGUCAAUUAUUCACUGAAUUAUAUAAUUAAAUAAAACGAAUUAACUUUGUUUGUGCAGACAAAGUUACACCACAUUAAGCAUAUCAGUUUCAAAACAUUUAGGUCUAGUUAUUUUUAUAAUUAAUCUAGAUUAAUAAGACCCGAGUAAUUUCAGAAACUAAUUUUGUGAUCGUCGAAAAUGUUUGUUUUUAUCUGUUGAAUAACUAUCGAUAACAAUAACACUUAACACAGAUAAAAAUUAAAUCAACUUUAUAUUAAAAUAAAAAGAGGCUACUUGAUAACUUCGAAAUUACUCGAGUUUUUAAUGUAUAUCGAUUAAGUUGUAGUACAUCGAUUUAAUAAUAUGUAAUACAUCUUAGUACCUUGUCAAUUUAGCAAAUUGAAAGUGAUAUAAUAACUCGAAUGUAUUUUUCGAAAUCAUUAGUAUGACUAGGUCCUAACUUGAGUACAUAUUAUUGACGGACUGUACGAUAGAUCCUAAUGUUCCUCGUUUUAGGGCACUAACGUUAAAAUAGGGACAUUUUGUUACAUCGGUUGUGUCUUUUUACAUACCCGGACUUGCAAUAGUUUUAUUAGCCGAUUGAGGCGGUUAAAGAAAAUAAUUUGUAAAUGAAGGUGGUAUUAAUAAAUAUAUUUUGUUUCAA